AAAAAUUAUUCUGCAACAGCGUUUACACACGUUGGCCAACCAGCAAAUGAGUGAGAAUUAUGGAGUUAGUUGAAACUUUUGGGUUAAUACAACUGUACCAUUGACAUGCAAAGACACGACAGAGUAGUCGUUGGUGUCAUCAUUUUCACGUUUACCACUGUGGCUCCAAUAGUGCUGGGCUUACCUGUGUACUCUGAAGAUGAUGUCACGGACUUGGGCUCGAAGGAUGUACCUGUAAGGCUUCGACACAAGGGGGCGACAUUUCUCCUUAAUGGAGGACCAAAUUCCCGUGGGCAAAAACCUAACGGCACAAAUGCACCAGCCAUGCCAAGAUAUGGUUCUCUGAGGAUCCGUCGAUCACCGGAUGACGACUACGCGUACAAGGAUGACAAGCACGAGGAUUAUUACGAAGGGGGAGGGGCCCAGGAGGUGGGCGGAGGCAGGAAGCGUAUGAUCGCUUUCACAAUCUUCUUCAUUUGGGUGUGCUGGGUUAUCAUCGCUUGCUCCAUCUUGCGGAUUGUGGCAAAGAACAUGGCCUGAACCUUGCUUUCUGGCAGACAUCGGUAUUUCCGUCUACACAGAUCAUCUCAAUGCACUUUUGAGAGUCUGCAUUGUAGACGAGCGUAUCAGGCUUUGUGAAGAGAUGGAGAAAGAUGCCCCAAGGAAAGUGCACCAAUUCAUGUCGGUCAUGCGACUAUUCAGUUUGUCUUGUAGAACAGUGGCAGUCUCAGUAUUUGUGUCUGACAUGGAAAGGGGCACAGGAACAUUUGCUCUUUGAUGUCAGAAAUAUUUGAUGUCCAUAAACACAUGUUAAUGAAUUUUAAUGUGGCGAUCUGAUUCCAAAUUAAAAGCUGUUGUUUAUUCAGUGUAAAUGAAGCUGUCGUCUUUUCCUUCAUGGAAAGGUAUCAACAUCUCAUCAGCAUCAACAAGUUCAACAGAAGUUAACAAGCACAGCAUAAACGCUUGU